AUGAGUGGUUUGUUCGGCCUUCUGUUCACCAGACUAACUUUACCAUCCCCCUCGGCAAUUCGAGGGAAGACUAUCCUCAUCACCGGUGCAAACACUGGCCUUGGUCGAGAAGCGGCCAGACAUGCGGUUGCUUUGGGAGCCGGUACGGUAAUUCUGGGCGUUCGAACCCUAGUUAAGGGUGAAGAUGCUAAAGCCAACAUCGAAGCGAGCACCGGCCCCAUCAACAAGGGAAAGAUUCUUGUUUGGCCGAUCGAUCUCGAAUCAUUUGAUAGCGUCCAGGCCUUCGCAUCUCGAGUUCGAAAGCAUGUUUUCACAGAGGGCGGCCGUUUGGAUAUAGCUAUAAUGAAUGCGGGAAUUGCGUCCGUUGAGUAUGGUCUUACCCGCGAUGGGUGGGAGAAGGGAAUCCAGGUCAAUGUGUUAUCAACCGCACUCCUCAGUUUGGGGCUUUUGCCGCUACUUCUGCGAACCAAAGAGCGAGAUCCAUCAACAGAGCCACAUUUAACCAUUCUGACGAGUGAUAUUCACAAGUCAAUCAAGUUUCCCGAGCGGAAUGAAGCACGCAUUCUUUCCGUCUUGAACGACGAGGGACAGUGGAAGAAGUCUCAGGCUGCAGGUGGAGCUACCGAGCGUUACGGUGUCACUAAGCUCAUGGACAUUUUUAUUGCCAUGGAAAUAGCCAGAAUUGCACCUCGGGAUGGGUCUGGAAAUCCACUAGUCAUUGUGAAUGCUGUGACGCCGGGAUUCUGUAAAUCAGAUCUCUUAACAAGGGAAAAGGCACCGUGGAUCCUGAAGUUGAUCCAGGCUUUGAUUGCUAGGACGGUGGAGGAAGGCAGCAAAACAUUGCUCCAUGCGGUAGAGCAGGGAAUGGAGACUCAUGGAAAGUGGUUGGAGAAUCAGGUCAUCGCAGACCCUGGUAAUAUUGUUACGAGCCCCGAGGCGGCAGUCGUGAGGCACAAAGUGUGGACGGAAAUUGUUACAAUCUUGCAUAAUGUUGACCCCGAGGUUCGGUUGGAGUUUGCACAUGUAAAUUGA